AUGUCCCUUGGCCCCCUUCGAGUACCGCCAUCCUUCUUCCUGAGCAUCUCGGAUGCGCGUGGAAAGGUGGAACUAAAGGACAGUUAUCCCGCAUCUCGUCGGGAUGUAGUCAUCCCGCUCGCACCUCUUCCCAAUCCAACCAUAUCUGCAGCAAGCUCCCUCCCGCCUCGUCUUCGCCGUCCACAUCCGUCGCCUGUAACAGAGCCAUCCAACAUCGCACAACCACUGAAUGUCUCCUACAGCGUUCAAUACAUCGACACCAAUGUCUCUCCGCACGACCCAUCGGCGCGGCGAAGCUUGACACCCACUCCCUACACGAAGUACGGAUCGCUUUUCGAGUCUUCGGGUUGCACAGAUCUUGUGGAGGAUUUACUCGAUGAUUCGGAGGAUGGUGCUCCGCCUCUGCAGGCUUCAUUGAGGAAUUAG